UGCUGCGAGUGACUAGUUUCACUGGUGUCACGGUGUGUCCGUGGGGUUUGAGCACACUGGAGUGGAGUUCGUUGGCUAGGACACUGUAUGGAGUUUACAGCCGGGGAGCCACGGAAGCGCUCCCGAAAUAAGGUUUCAGACAGUCAGAUGUUGUAACUAGUCGUUUUUGCACUAUUAUGCCGUUGGACUAGAACGUUGUUCUCGGACAAAAUCAUGUCUCAGAGAGCUCGAAGGAACGAGUCUCCCACCUCCAGCGGUGGCGCCGCCGGCGGUGGCGUGGGCGGCCCCGGCGGUGGCUCUGGUGUCGGCACCGCGGGCCGCUUGCUGCCCAUGAAGGCCACAGUUCCGUUCCAGCUGAGACCCCAGACACAGGCGCAGCCCCCCCUACAGGCGAGGUCGCCUUACGCUGCCACAGACGGGGGAAGCGGCAGCCCCACACGCGGCAGCCCCACGCGCAGUGCCGCUCACAGUAACAGCAGAGGCAGCGGCAGCGGCGCGUCUACGUCACUGAGCCGGAGUCCCCCUCGCGCCGUGGCUCCGCGAGCGUCUCCGUCGUCUCCUACGAGCGCUGGUCCUGCGAAGGGAGGGCCGCCCGCGGCGGCCCACGUGUCGUCAUCGGCCAGCAGACUCCCCCAGGCGCAUGGCAGAGGCCCCUGCGCGUCCCCGAGCGCCGUGUCCGGGGGGUCCCCGUGCCCCUCCCCCACCCUGCAGCCCCAGUGGCUGCCUGACUGCUCCGAGGGACAGUCUUGCUCCUCCUCUUCAUCGGCAUCAUCAUCAGCAUCGUUGGGGGGCCGGGGCAGAGGGCACCCCCCCCAGCGGGGCUCCCCCGAGCAGAGCAGCAGGCAGUCCCCAGAGAGGAGGAGCCCCAGUUCGCCCCUCUGCAGAGAGAAGCCCAGGGUUCCUGUGGCUACUGCUCCAUCCUGCUCUGCUGGGUCCUCCUGCUUCACCUCCAGCACCAGCAUCCGACGCACCUCCUCCCUGGACACGCUGACCGGCCCCUAUCUGCUGGGCCACUGGCCUCGGGACUGCUGCCACGCCUACUGCGCGCCCUGCAUGAGGGACAAAGCCACACAGACUCCCAGCGCCUGGGCCGAUGAGUGUUCGGAGAAGAGGAGGAACUCGCACAAGCGCUCAGCCUCAUGGGGAAGCACCGACCAGCUGAAAGAGAUCGCCAAGUUGCGGCAGCAGCUCCAGCGCAGCAAACACAGCAGCAGACAUCACCGAGACAAGGAGCGCAAAUCUCCCUUCAAUGGAAACCAUGCUGCCAUCAACCAAUCACAGGCACCGAUUCCCAGGAGCGUCCUGAUCCCCGUGCCCCUCUCUAAGUCAACGGUGUCGCGCUUCAGGAACAGCGUGGAGGGCUUGAACCAGGAGAUCGAGCGCAUCAUCAUCCGCGACCCGGCGGAGCGGGAGGAGCAGCUCAUCCUGCAGGACAUCCCUGAUGGUCACCGUGCCCCCCCUCCACUCCCACAUCGCAGCAGCAGCACCCGCAGCAUUGACACUCAGACCCCGUCGGGAGGUGGGGCUGGGGGCGGGACUAAUAACCACAGCAACAGCAGCAGCCGCUCCCAGUCCAUCUCGCCCUCCUUCGUUACCGUCACCAGCGAAAUGGGGGCCGAAAGCCCCUGCCCCGGAGAAGACAUGCUGAGCGACGGCCGGGAAAAAGAGCCGUGUUCCAGCUCCCCUGUGCCCAAAUACGCCUCGUCCCCAAGACCCAACAACAGCUACAUGUUCAAGCGGGAGCCACCCGAGGGCUGUGAGAGAGUCAAGGUGUUCGAGGAGACACCCCCCAGGCCACCGCACGAGAUCCCGCAGUUCCUGUGUCCAGACAAAAAUAAGGUCAACUUCAUCCCCAAGAGUGGCUCGGCCUUCUGCCUGGUGAGCAUCCUGAAGCCCCUCCUCCCCACGCAGGAGCUCACCUUCAGGGGCUCACCUGGGCUGGGGGUGCAUGCCAUGCCCCCUUCUGUAGGCUCCGCCUCCCCGGCCAUAGAGCAGGAGCAGCGAGUGUCCCGGGGAACCAGCACCACCAGCCAGCAGAGAGAGAGCUAAGGGGUGGGGCUGGGGAGGGGUGAUGGGCGGUUUCCGUCAUUCUACAGACAGUGUUCUUUUUCUGUUGCUGGACCGACUCCUUGUCCUCCUCCUUAAACAUAACUGAAAUGAAUUACUUUUUGCUAUGCAGGUCUUUAGUUUACCUGAAAGGACUGAAGAGACAUGAGUUGGCUGGGGUGAGGUAGCCCACAGGACCACCCCCACUUGCCCUCCACCUAACCCUACUGUAACCCCAUUGUAGGAUGUGGUCAAGAACAGCCAUGGGCUUUUACCCUUGACCUUCACCAAAGGUAGUGGCCCUGCAGUCAAAGCGGACCCAGGUUCUGCACCAAUUCUGUGCCCAGAUUGAGGGGUUGGGGAGGGGUCAUACAGACUGUUAAAGUACAGACUGUGUUUGUUUAAUGUCCUGUUUUUCCCCCACUUUUUUGUAGAGCCUUUCAAAGCUCUGGUUCUCCUCCUUGGUCCUGGUUUAGACCUAUGAAUACAGGCUCAUGUUCUCGAUGACACAAUUUGACUUAAUUGAUCAAACAGCACAAGUGAAAGUACGUUGAGCACUGGCUGCUCACCUUAUGAACACAGGUGAGGCCAGGAGUCUCACUGGAGCUCAAUUUGUUCAUAAAUCCAGUUUUUUUUUUACCAAUAAGACCCAAGGAAAAAAAUUUAAUAGUCUCUUGAAUUAUUCACAGGUUAUGUUCAGUAAAAACCUUCGAUAAAGCAAACAAAUACUCUACAAAACUUUAUUAACUUAAAAUAUUAAAACUUAUUAAAAAGUACAUCGUGUUAUUAAUCACCAACACUCAGGAACACCA